UGACUAAUGGAUGUAUCCGUUUCUGAUUCAGAUUGGCGGCAAUCACCACUUCAUGCAUUUUUGGUGGACAAUUUUCAGUUGAACCUCAGUGUUGACUUGCUCCUCUGUUGCCAACAACAAUGUCCGGCUUGCUGAAUUCAAAUCUUAACAGUUCCACAUCGAACCUUCCAGAGCCAUUCACAACAUCCUUUUCUGGUCAAUCUGGAUCAGUUCAAGGUUUCCAUCACUCUGGUCUGCACAACAUUCAUGGAAAUUAUAGCCUUCCAAAUAUGCCUGGAUCACUUGCACAAAGGAAUGCUGCCAUGAGUGGCCUUCCAUCCUCCGGGGUUCAGCAACCUGGAGGGAGCAUUUCUGGGAGAUUUGCUUCAAACAACCUUCCUGUUGCCAUGUCUCAGAUUCCUCAUGCACAUUCUGGUGUCGGUGGUAGAGGAAUGAAUGUUGGUGGAGGUCAAGCAUUCAGCAGUGGAAUGAACAUGGGUGGUAGCAUUCAAGGUUUAUCCUCAAACUUGGGCACCAGUGGUAAUCGAAAUUCUGUUCCUGGCAAUCCAGCUUUAGGAAACCUGGGUCCACGUAUUACAAGCUCCGCGGGAAACAUUGUGGGUGGAAGUAACAUUGGAAGAAAUAUAAGCUCUGGUGGAUUGUCGGUGCCGAGUAUCUCAUCACACAUCGAUUUUAGUGGCAAUGCUGCAAGUGGAAGACUAAAUGUGCAAGGAUCCAACAGGAUGAUGAAUGGCCUUAUUCCGCAAGGAUCAUCGCAACUGAUGAAUAUGAUUAGAAGUUCGUACCCAACGUCUGGUGGUUCAUUAUCCCAGAACCAAAUGCAACCAGGAAAUAAUUCUCUAGGUUCCAUGGGGAUGCUACAUGACGCCAGUGACAGUGCUCCAUUCGACAUCAGUGAUUUCCCCCAGUUAACUGGUCGACGGCCUAAUUCAGCUGGUGGUCCACAGGGACAAUAUGGAUCACUACGGAAGCAAGGAGUUGGUGUUAACUCCAUUGUUCAACAAAACCAGGAGUUCAGUAUUCAGAACGAAGAUUUCUCCGCUCUUCCAGGAUUUAAAGGUUGUUACAGUUAAAUUAUUCCUAGAACCUCCGUGUGGUAUGAAUGCCGUGAUCUUCUCCUCAAGUCAACAAAGGCUUACUGCCUUUCUAUAUGCUUGAUGGAGAAAGGUCAGAAGACGAGGAUGCAAAGAUUUCAUGAGGGCCAGCGGGGCAAGACCCCAUGCAGCUGA